AUGUCACCAACACUUGGUUACAAUAACAACAAAUCACGUUUCUCAGGAUCCAAACCAUGUAACUUAGUUACUGCCUGGGUUGAGGUUAGAAAUAUAUAGUCUGCGUAUUCUUAUCGUGGUUCUAAUGAGGAGAAUUUUUUUUAAAGUCAAUAAAUUAUUCCUAUGAUCGUUGCCCUUUUACUCACGUUAAAGACCUAGAUUUUUCCAACAACGUAUAGCCUAAAGGGGUAAUAUUACUAAUUUAACUAGUUUCUUAUUUUCAUAUAAGUAGAGGAAAUAUUGUUCCUUAUAAAAACUUUUCUCCAGACUUGUCAGGUGAAAACUGACUUUUUCAUAGUUGUGUACUCGUUUGGUUCUUUAAAACGAAGGACUUGGACAUUUUAGUCUGAGAGGUUCUUAACAACUGUUAUAUGCGAAUUGUUAUUCUACUUGCACUAACCCUAUUUUUUACCAUUGAUUCAAGUCGACAAGUCAGUUGAAUUUGAAAAAUUUAUUGUAUUCCUUUUAGGUUUCACUAACAUACAGUGAAAACCUUUACUCUAAUGCAACAAAAUGUUAUAUUGUGUGGAAUGUGAACUUAAAGUUUUUUUUAAAUGUUUUGGAAUACGCUUAGCAUACAUCUACAAACGAAACAGAAGUGUGUGUGAGAAGCUAUAACAAUGACGCCAACGAUAAGGAUAUCAUAAAGGUCGAUUAUAUGGUAAUUGGAGGUAACAGCAAUGACUUUUAACUGUAGACAAUUACGGUGCCCUCCUAACAAUUAUACAUAAUAGCGAUUAACUGUACGAUACUAAAAUGCAUGUUUCGAUCAAAUGUUUCCUAAAUAGAAGUUUUUUUCCUUUGUUUCAAAUCAUUCAGGUUAUACAUUACCCGCCCUCCAAAACAAAACAAAGUGAGAUUAAAAGCUAGGUUAAAAUUCAGCAAUAUACUACAUUCAUUUUUUUCCAAGCUUGCGAGCGGGCGGAAUCCUCCAAAUCCUGCUUGCUGAUUGGUUCCGAGAGCGGGCGGUAUUUUACGAUCUCGACCGCUAACCCGGGCGGAAUCGUUGGCAGCUUCAUUCACAAGUUUGUUUGUUGUUUGUGAAUGAGCCAAAACCGUCUUUUUCAAAACAUUUUUCUCUUAAAACUUGCGCUAUCUUUAGCAUUAGCUAGGGUAAAGUGAAUUUAAUUAUUCGGCCAAAACAUUUGAGGGAAGAAUCAAGCAAGUCAGCCUGGAAAACCAAAGUAAAGCGAAACAGGUGACUCGUGAUGUCGCUUCACCAGCUUUAUAACCGCGCUGUAAGUACUGCAAUCUUGCUUUUAUGCACCGUUUAUUGGACAUUUUUGCUCUGUUUUGUAGGUUUGUUUUCAUUGAAUUUUGCCUCGCUAGUUCUCUACUUAUCAGAAAAGGUUGUUGCCAAUUAUUGCAUUUAACUUUCAAUCUAAAUAAACAAAACGAAUCACUUUUCCAGCAGUCGGUUAUCGCCGUUUUCAUUUGUUUGUUCAUAACUUGUUACUCACAUCCCCUUCUUUUAAUCGAAUUCAAUUCAACUUCUUAAAAUUGGUAUGUGUAAUUAGCUCUUUUUAUAAAGCCUUUGUGCAAUUUUCAUCCCACUCGAUUGAACUAAUCUUAGGGCCUGUUUACAUGAAGGUGGGGGACCCCAGGUAGGUGAGGUAGCAUGUGGUGGGUAACCCCACCUAACGUGUAAACGUGAUCACAUUAAAAUGAGAGAUUGUAUGGACAGGCGGUUACCCCACCUAAGCGGGUUACCUCACCUGCCUGGGGUCCCCCACCUCCAUGUAAACAGGCCCUUAAGCAAUUCUUGAAUUAUUCAGCCGCAGAAAAUCCGUGCUGUAUUUUUUCCCCGGCGCUUUUGAUAUCAAGCUCCUCAAUUCUUUUAUACUUGUUUGACACUCAGAUUAUGAAUUGUCUAGCAAGACAUAAAAACCUUUCUUUAUUCUUAAAAGAGAGCAGUAAGUGCCAUAAUAUAAAUUACCGAGCUAAAAAUAAUGUUGUAAUGUUUUGGUUUGGUUUACAAUGGAUCGCGCGCUUCAUCAACACGAACGCGUCCUACUUCAACACACAUAGGUUGGAGAGUGAAGGAAAAUUUUCCUGAAACUUUUUAUCUCAGUUGUAAAAAAGUAAAAAUGUUAUUCACCGGCCUGGGUCGGUCCGUAUUGUGAGAAACUGUGCCCUCGGUCUGAGUACCGCCCGAGGCCGUUGGCCGCGGGCGGUACGCAAGACCUCGAACACUGUUUCUCCCAAUACGGACCUCCCAGCCGGUGAAUAACAUUAUAACAUUAUACCGGAUAGCUUUCGUGGCGCUACGAGAACCUAUCUGGUAUAGUGUGUGAACAUCUACAUGUAUCCAACAUGUGACUCAGCUCCACUUUAGAGAUCGGCGAGGUAGGGCCUCUCCCGUCCGGCACGGAAAUCACGCCGCCACAACCGUUUUUUUAUGUGUGUGAACAGAAGCCCAAUCCGAUAUGGUUUUCGUGGCGGCGCACAAGCUAUCCGGUAUCCAGUUCCCUGAUAACUCAAGAUUCCUGGCUAUUUUAUCUAUUGACGAAAUCAAAAUGAAUGAAUCUGAAAUGAUGCCCUCUGAUUCCAUCACUUGUAUGUUUGUCUUUUAGACUUGGAUCCUUGUAUAGAUGUAACAUGUCAUUAUCACAGUCUGUGUAAGGCUUUUGGACCUCAUGAUGCACGCUGUGUGUGUUUGGACAGCUGUCCAACUUACAAAGAACCCGUAUGUUCAUCCAACGGCACAACAUACGACAACAAAUGUCUGUUUGAACAGGAAGUUUGUCUCAAUCGACUAAACUUUACCGUGCAACAUCCUGGCAGCUGUGAAGGUCAGAAGUUUAUUUGCCUUUAUUAUUGGUCAGAGGCACCUUUUCACUGAAUUCUGUUAAUCUUUGGACUAAUAGUAUAGGUUUCUUUUACUUCAUUUCCGUUUACUUUCCCAAUAUUUUGGGGGUAAAGCUGUUGCGCCAACAAGGGUUUUAAGUUUGUUACUGUAAGCCUAACUAAUCUUUGCGACUCCUUUUUAGGAUUUCCUUUUCAGCGUGGUCGCCUUCACAUGGCCCAUAUUCCAUCUCUGGGUUAUUCUCAUUGUGAAGUAAUUCGUUUCAAGCCUUUUGUGUUUUAUCCUGACAAACCCAUUGAAGUGCAGAUAACUGUAAAUCAUAUGGAUACCAGCGACAAAUCCUAUGUCCAUGACGCGGCAGUAUCAUGGAUUGAAGAUGUGAAUAACGACGGAUUCACUGCCUGUGCGAUGGCAGCUGGAUAUAGCGAAAGGAAGUCUUAUGCUAACGAGACAGUUGAUUGGAUUGCGUAUCAAGGUGCUCCAGUGGGUGGCGUGACUGGUGAACUGCGCAUGUCACAGUGGUGGACAGGGACGACUUGCACAACCGUGAGAUUUCCCACCGUAAGUUGUUUUGUUUGUUUUGUUAUUUAUGUUAAUGCUCUCUAUUCCUAAGCGUCUAAAUAAACAUCAUAAAAUCAUUCAAUUGGACCUUUAAAAAUGAAACUUUCAGGGUGUUACGCCGCAAAAUGUAACAAUUGACGCAAAAUGUAACAUUAACUCGAAAUGUAACAACUUUUGACACGAAAUGUAACAUUAACCCGAAACAACGUCAUACAUAAGUACAGAAAGAUAUACUAACCAACUAUUCGUUCGACUGUUUCAGGAUUUAGUCACUAUUAUCGAAAAGCGUUUUGUAAGUUAAUUUGACAUUAUAAGAAAACUCUAUAAAUAAACUGUUUUUGUAACCACCAGACAAUUUACACUUUAUCUACAAGGCUCAUGUCCAAGCCUCUCAGUUAUUUCAAGGCUGUAACAUUUUGCUUGUUACAUUUCGCGUUAAAAAUAUUGUUUCAUUUUGCGUCAAAAAGUUGUUACAUUUCGCGUUAAAAAGUUGUUACAUUUUGCGUCAAAAGUUGUUACAUUUCGGGUUAAUGUUACAUUUCGCGUCAAAAGUUGUUACAUUUCGCGUUAAUGUUACAUUUUGCGUCAAUUGUUACAUUUUGCGGCGUAACACAGGGUGCUUUAUUGUUGUGAAUAAACGCGAUGAAAAGACAAUACUAUAAACAUAAAGUGACCGUUCUAUUUUCUCUCAUUAACCCCUGACUAUUCUUAUUUGCUAUUUCGCAGGGGAAAUUUUCAGUAAAACCAUCUGUCUUUGUGACGUCAAAGCAUUACAAUCCAGGACUAAAACGUGACGCUGCUAGUGUAUGGAUUGGAGAUUUGACGAAAUCAUCAUGUAAAGUUUGUAUGAGAGAACUACAGAAUUAUGCUGGAUCUCACCGAGAUAUUUUUGUUGUAAGUAUAGUGUGUCGUUAUUUUAAAUGUCAAACGUGGAUCAUACAUUGGGCUGCCACGCUUUGACGUUGUGCCAAACCUUUGUCUCUGGCUCGGGCUUAGGCUACAGGUAAUUCUACAAAUGCCUUGAAAAGAACAGCCCAUCGUUAACAUAAAGUGUAGGUCGAGCAACUCCGCAAAUUCUUCUUAUAAUUAGCUAUUAAAAAGCGCAAAUUACUUUUCAACAUUCUUUUCACACCUCAUGCCCAUUGUUUUUUUAUUAUUUAUUUAUGCAUGCCGAUCGAUAAACCAGAAAUAACGCGUUGUUGAUUUUAUUUUCAGAAUUGGCUGGCCUUUUCAGAUCUUCCCAACCCUCCCUUUUCAGAACAUAAGUCGAUCUACUUUGCAAAUGAUAAACCUCCCAACAGCAGACAUUAUAAUGCCUUUUGCAAGGUCAGUAUCAGCGUUUGAGCUUGAAUCCAAAUCUCAGUGAAAAAACCUUUUUUUACUAUGGUGGUUAUCAAAUUUUACUUUCAGACCAUUAAUGCGAAGGUGCUUAAAUUGUAACAGUCUUAGCAAUGUACAUGAUACUGACAAUUCCACAGGUCACACAUUCGCUACUUCUAUACCUCAGUCCCCUCUAUGAUGGAGUCUGUCCAUUUGGUGUUUGUAUGAACAUUUUUAAGAAUUAAAUAUAAGUAUUCUGUGAUAGGAGACUGAUAGAGCAAAAGCAUAAAACCCAUUUGAAUGGCAAUUUCACGUUAUCAAAGGUUUAACGCUUAGUUGCGACCUAUGUUUCAAAAGGCUUCUUGUCCCGAGUUGAGUGAAUUAUCUUUCAAAUAACUUUGGCCUCAAAAUCUCUUUCGUUUUACUGUACUUGUUUCACAGAUUUGCGCUUCUCAGUUUGGAAGUGUACUUUAUAUGGUGCCAGCCCAGUUUAUUCUGAACGUCGAUAUGGCAUGAUUUCCCAAACUUUUAAUUGCAAAGUUAAGAAUUAGUUAAUUCACGAUUAUAUCAAAAUCGUCAGGAAAACAAAAAGACCUUCUUUUUCCAAGGUGGAGCAAAACCUAAUCAAAGCCGACAUUCUCUAAAUUCAGUUUAUUUCUUAUAGUCAACGACACUUUAAGGUAGUAUCUAUGAGCAGCAAAGUAAGAUUUAGCCAUCCAGACUCUUACCAGAGGAUUCUCAAUACAAUUUAAAAAAAAAUGUUGGAUUUGGAAGUAGACGAUGUCUUAGUAACAAUUCCCCUUCAAGUUGAAAUGUUCUCUUUAUCUUUUAUAGGAGGCAAUCUUUGCCAAAAGGUAUAACACAACGCCACACGUCUUCGUUUCUGCUUCUCAUUCAACAAAAGGAGGGAAUCAAAGACCAGCUCAUAACAGUAUAGCUGCCUGGGUAGAGGUUGGUAACUAGUGAUUUCAGGAUAUCAAAUAGACCAUUUGCACUAAGAGGUCAUGUGAAAUCAUUUUUAUGGAAAUGAAAGUUAUAGUAUUUUGCCUUCAAAAAACGAUUAGUGGGUCAUAUCUUAAACAAAAUAAUAGUGAUUUAGUUUUUCGCACCAUUUCUUAAAAUGAGUAAGCUCGUAGCUGGUCAGGUGACCAAACUGUGAUUUUUAAAACUAUGACUUACCUCUUUCUGAACAGAAAUUUUGCACCUAAGCUUCAAGGAAAUUGCUGAAAAGAUGGUGUGGUAACGUUUAUUAUAUAGACACGAGUGUUUUACUGGAAAAUAUACCACUCGUAGAAUUCAUAAAAACUACAUCCGGGACCCGAGUGUUUUUUUUCCAUAAUCUCAAACGUGAGUUUAUCGAUGACCUAAUUUCGGUAGUUUCCCUCUAUUAUUUUAUCGAUGUCUUUUUGUCUAUAUAAUAAAAAAAACAUUACACGGCGGCUUGAAGAUAUGAAUUUUAUUUUCUCGUGGCAAAAACAAUAUUUUACCAAUAUUGUUUUGCCACUCGAAAACGAAAUUCAUAUCUUCGCGCCACCGUGUAAUAUCCUCUAUUAACAGCACAUCUAAGCGUAACUAUCGAAAGUUUAACAAGAUACAAGCAAAAAGUAGUUUUGGCCGCCAUGUUGGAGGGCAAGAGUAUGCCCUCCAACAUGGCGGCCAAUACAAAUCAUACUACUUUUACUGAAGAAUCAAAGUGCCACGAAAUAUCUCCCUUAAAUGCGUUUCUUCUCAAAUUUCGGGUGUACGAUAAUUUUUAUGCCCUUUGCCAAUUUUUGUUAUCAACAGGAUUCCAAGUCAUUGUUUAAAGAAGCAUUGGUCACGUGACCUCUUAGUGCAAGUGGCCUUAUUUCAUAUUAAAUUAAGAGUAGUAUAGUAGGGACCGAACUGACCUUUUUUCAUCGACGAAUCUCGUUACUCUGCCGAGAAAUACAUAGACAUGCACCGAUGACCUUAUGGCCUAUUGUCUUUAUUCCUUGAAUAGCAAUAUGUAAAUAAUAGUAAUAAUAGCAAUAAAUAUUAUUGUAAUAAUCAUAAUCAUAACAUAUUUAACAAGGGUAAACCUGUCAGUGAAAGCUGCUAUAAAUGGGGAGAACAAUACUAAUUUAAGCACUGAAGCAUACAGGCAACUACAACAAAUAAAGAUAAAAAUAAGUAGUUACAGCUGUAUACUGGUGCUUGGAAACCAGUGAAAAAAGUGCCUCUCUUAGCAGAUUCUGUGCGUACUGUAGAAAUUAAAGUUUAUAAAUAUAGGUGAAAUCUCAUUAAGAUAGGUCGUGUGCCAUUUUAAGGUGGUUUAACCGGUUUUACACUGGGGCUUUCUAGAUCUUAGGGAAACAAUUGCAUUGCUUUUUGAUUGGUUGACUAAACUCCAAGCAAAGUAUUCAUUUGUAGAUUCAUGCUGUCAAAGUAAUAGGCGCUAGCUCCCUUAUGACAUGAAAUCACUGAGUAAGUAUCCAGUUCUAUUUCCCCACGAAAACCACCACCACAGCCUCCACAAUCACAUUUUUAUUGUUUUCCCGUGUCCUCAUCCACCACCACCACAUUACUAUUGUUUUCCAUCUUCCUCCACCAACACUACUGCCACCACCAAAGUUCUAGUGUUUUCCCUCCCUCACCUCCCCAUUUCUAUUGUUUUCCAUACCCCACCACCACCAUCACCACAUUUCCAAUGCACAUUUUAGUACUAAUGUUUAGUGCUUUCACAUACAGUAUAUUAGCAGGAAAGGAACUGUGUGAAGCAAAAUACGACCCACUCUUCAUAUCCUACAUAGUUUUGUCGGGUAAGAACUUUACUACAAAAAAGAGAAGAUUUUUUACGGUAUGUCUCUCCAUAUUGUCUCUUAUUUGUGACUCAAUGCCGUGAUUUAUACGCACAGACAUCUGUCCAGAUGGAUGGAAUUACUUCAAUGGAUACUGCUAUUUAACAAGCUCUGUAUGGGCCCCUUGGGUGACUGCAGUGUCCAACUGUUCAAUGAUGAACUCACAUCUGGUAACAGUGCACAACCAAGAGGAAAAUGUCUACAUACAGCACCGUCACAAUGGCGAGCGAUCAUGGAUAGGCCUUAAUUACCGAAGCGUUGAGGGAUCGUUUGUGUGGACAAACAAUGAAAUAAUCAGUUUUCAGUUCUGGGCUCCGCAACAACCAAACAACUUGAAGAACGAAGACUGUGUCCACGCCCUUGGUGCGAAAGAUGGCUACUCUUGGAACGACGUGUCAUGUGAUAAAUGCUAUAACUAUACUUGUGUUAAAGGCAAGUUUUGAGUUGCCAUAGAAAUACUACAAGUCCAAACCUUUGUCACCAAUUACGAGGUUUGAAGAUCACUUCUGCAGUAGUGAGUUUUUAUGAUAAUAUUGUCGCCGUGUUGUUGAUCAGAAUUUCAUAAAGUCUGCCUUUUAUGUAGCUCUCUUCCAGGCAGUAGUCUAAAUAUUUAGGUAAAGGUAACCCCUGUGCUUAUCACCCUCAGUUAUUCAAAAAAAAAAAAUCGUCAUGCGAAUGAUAAUACUGCUACCAAGUAAGAUCACGGUGAUAAAAUGGUCUUCAUUGACUUUUGUUGUCUACUGCAGACAUUGACGAAUGCAUCAGCAAUUAUUACAGCUGUGAUCCAAACGCUGCUUGUCAGAAUACCGUGGGCUCAUACAUUUGCACUUGCAAAGCUGGAUUCUAUGGAAAUGGAAAAAAGUGCUUUGGUAAUUAUCACAAUCCUUCUUUUGUUUUCCCGACCUUUGCAUUCAGGUUGGCUGUUGAGUUAACAUAUUUACCCUUUAAGGUACUAUAUUCUUAUCCAAUAUGUAUGGAUCAGAACUUACUAAUAAACUAAAAACUGACUAAGAAUUACGAUAGGUAUUCUCGGUCUUCGUUUUGACAAUUAAUUAGGCACAUAGAUUAUUUGUUAAUAGCACAUUUAUUGUCCUAUCGGCUCCUUCUGGGCUCCGUUUUGACAAUUUAAUGUGAUAUAUUUUUUUUGUUCAACUUGUCCAUCAGUUGGUUUAAACUUGUAAUACAUUGCCAUACGUCAAAACAAAGUACUAAAAAAUUACCAGCACAUAAUUUACUUAGUCAGGAUUCACUGACUACUCAGAUUAUUAUUUGUUUUCUCCGUCAUUAGAUAUUGAUGAAUGCAGCAACGAACCCCGUGCCUGUGAUGUAAAUGCAGUAUGUAGCAACACUCAAGGGUCUCACAACUGCACCUGCACACCUGGAUACUCUGGAGAUGGAAAGAAAUGCAUUGCAAAUGGUAGGCAGCAUCCC